CAACAACUUCGCGUCAAGCAACCAGCACGGCUUUCCCGAACACUCGCAGUCGCCACCGUAUCAAGGAUGCAAAUAAGUGGCACGCUCACGCGAUAUGGCCCAGCGGGGCCGCAAGUGGCGCUGCUGGCAGGGGCGCCGGGUGUUGCACGGGCAGUGGUGCUGGUGGGUGGCCUGACCGACGGGCUGCUGUUUGCGCCGUACGUGGCAACUCUGACGGACGCCCUAGCCCGGAGGGGCUGGGCCGCCGUGCACGCGUCCCUGCAGUCGGCGUGGACGGGCUACGGCACGGGCAGCCUGGACCGCGACGCCGCCGACCUGCGGCUGCUGUGUGCCCACCUGCGGCAGCAGCACGGCAUCAGGGGGGUGGUGCUGGUGGGGCACUCCACGGGCUGCCAGGACGCCGUGAGGUACAUGCAGCGCUACUGCGGAGCCGGGCCCGGGGCAGCGGCGGCGCCCGGCGCGGGGCAGGGGGGCGGGGAUGCGGCCCCGGCGGCAGCAGGGGUGCAGGAGGAGGCGGAGGGCGAGGUGGCGGAGCUGCUUGGGACAGUGCUGCAGGCGCCGGUGUCUGACGUGGAGUGGCUGUCCAGCUACCCCGAGCUGGAGCCGGUGGCGGCACGGGCGGCGGAGCUGCUGGCGGCGGGUCGAGGCGAGGAGGUGUGCUGCCGGCUGGGCGUGGCUGACAACGCGCCCAUCAGCGCUGCCCGCUUCUUGUCGCUGUACCGCGCGGGCGGCGAUGACGACAUGUUCUCCGAGGGUCUGCCGCAGCAGGAGCUGCAGCGCAUCUUCGCGCCCGUGGGGUCAAGACCGUGCCUGCUGCUGGUGUCUGGCGCGGACGAGUGUGUGCCGCGGCAAGACCAGAUUGCGCCGCGGGCGGCCGCACUCCAGGCGGUGAUCGGGCCGCGGGCAGUGCUGCGCGUGGUGGAUGGCGCGCCGCACAACUUGGCUGGUUGCGAGACCCAAGCCUUGGAGACUGUGUGUGCUUUCCUAGAGGCCCUUUGAGGAGCCGAGGCGUGCAGGCCCAACCGGCAGCGGGACUCGUGGGGCGACUGUGAUGCGUGUAAGGAUGGGCGCCCACCUGCCCACGGAACGCCGGGAGACGGGGUCACGGAGAUCACAGGGUAUUGCACGGGCUGACCUUGCAGGCACGUCCACACAUGGGGCCUCCACUGGCCCAUGCUUGCAAUCAAUUCUUAUGAUCAGGGACAGGGCAGGGAGGACUGGAAUGGAAUGGGGCAGCUGGGACAUGAAGGGCCGCCGCACAUGAGCAGGAGUCAGGAGAAGCUACCAUGAUAUGGAUAAUGGGUGGCCCUGACUCCCCAUGCGUAGAAGCCAGGUUGUGGGGUUGCGCACUUGCGCCUUCAUGCACGGCGUGACAGCGUAGGCCAGGGGGGCAACCGCACUUUUGCAGACACAGCAUACAAACAACGAAGGCUCCCGGGUCCCCUGGCCGGUCCCACGGAUCGAAGUCGUCGUACCAAUACCAUAUCGU